CUUCUGUUGAUUCAACUGCACAAACUGGACAGCCAAGUGCUGGUGAUUGGCAAGAAGAAGUGUAUCAGAAGAUCAAAAUCAUGAAAGAAAAUUACUUGCCAGAGUUGACUGAAAUGUACCAGAAAAUUGCCUCUAAACUUCAGCAGCAUGAUUUACCCAACCAACCAAAGUCAGAUCAACUUGAAAAGCUGAAGGUAUUUAAAUUGAUGUUGGAGCGUAUUAUAGCAUUCCUCCAGGUGUCCAAGGGAAGCAUUUUACCUAAUUACAAGGAUAAAAUGAGUUCAUAUGAGAAGCAGAUUAUAAACUUCAUAAAUACAAAUAGACCUAGGAAAGCCCCAGGACAACUUCCCCCAACUCAUAUACACUCAAUGUCACAGUCACAAUCCCAAGUCACUCAGGCCCAGUCUCAUGAAAAUCAAAUGAACUCUCAGUUGCAAACAACAAAUAUACAAGGUUCUGUACCGAUGACACAGCAGAAUAAUAUGACAAGUAUGCAGAUGUCUGGUGUAUCACCAGCACAACAAAAUAUGAUCAAUUCAAUGCAACCCGGUACCAAUUUAGAUUCAGGACAAGGCAAUGCUAUUAACUCUCUGCAGCAGGUUCCAGUGAGUUCCCUUCAACAGAACCCUGUUAGUGCUCCUCAGCAAAGUAACGUUAACUCAUUGUCUUCACAAGGUGGGGUAAAUAUGAUCCAAUCAAAUCUUAAUUCCCUCCAGCCAGGUUCAAAUAUGCUUCAACAGCAGCAACUAAAACAGCACGAACAGCAGAUAUUGCAGAGUCAACAGCUCAAACAGCAAUAUCAACAGCGGCAAUUGAUACAGAGGCAGCAGAUGCUACAACAGCAGCAGCAGCAGCAGCAGCAGCAGCAACAACAGCAACAGCAACAGCAGCAGCAGCAGUUACACCAGUCAGCAAAGCAACAGUUGCCGGCACAAUUGCAGACACAUCAAAUGCAACAACUUCACCAAAUGAAUGAAGUAACCGAUAUAAAGGUGAGGCAAGCAAUCGGUGUUAAGCCGGGGGUCUUUCAGCAAAAUCUUAACUCCAACCAACGCUCAGCUUUUCCUCAUCAACAGCUGAAACAAGGGAAUUCUUUUCCAGCUUCUUCACCCCAACUCCUUCAGGCUGCGUCUCCUCAGAUUCCACAGCAUUCAUCUCCUCAGGUUGACCAACAAAAUCAUCCUCCGUCUCUCACAAAAGCUGGUACCCCUCUGCAAUCUGCCAACUCACCUUUUGUAGGCCCUACUCCUUCACCUCCUUUGGCUCCAUCUCCUAUGCCAGGAGAUUCUGAGAAGCCCAUUUCUGGUCUCUCUACAAUGUCAAAUGCUGUUAAUGUUGGACACCAACAAACAAGUAGCACAGUAGCACCUGCUCAAUCCCUUGCCAUUGGAACUCCUGGGAUAUCAGCCUCCCCAUUACUAGCGGAGUUUAGUGGCCUAGAUGGUCCUCAUGGUAAUGCCUUGGCACCCACUUCUGGAAAGUCAUCUGUAACUGAUCAGCCUCUUGAGCGCCUAAUUAGAGUGAUGAAAUCCAUGUCAUCCAAAGCAUUAACUGCCGCAGUCAGUGAUAUUGGUUCAGUUGUCAGCAUGAAUGAUAGAAUAGCAGGAUCAGCUCCAGGUAAUGGAUCCAGAGCUGCUGUCGGGGAAGACUUGGUUGCCAUGACUAACUGUCGUCUUCAGGCCAGAAAUUUCAUCACCCAAGAUGGUGCCAAUGGAACCAGGAGGAUGAAGCGCUACACUAAUGCUACCCCUUUGAAUGUUGCAUCAUCUGCUGGUAGCAUGAACGAUAGCAUUAAGCAAUUAACUUUGGAGGCAUCUGAUUUGGAGUCAACUGCAACGUCUAGCAUCAAGAAGCCAAGGAUUGAGGCUAAUCAUGCUCUUUUGGAAGAAAUCAGGGAGAUUAAUCAGCGACUUAUUGACACAGUAGUAGAUAUAAGUGAAGAAGAAGUUGAUCCAACUUCAGCUGCUGCAGCUGCUGAUGGGGCAGAAGGGACCGUUGUCAAAUGUUCCUUUGUUGCUGUGGCUCUCAGUCCGAGCCUAAAAUCCCAAUAUGCUUCUGCACAGAUGUCACCGAUUCAACCCCUGCGCUUGCUUGUUCCUACAAAUUAUCCUAAUUGUUCUCCUUUACUUCUUGACAAGUUUCCAGUUGAAUCCAGUAAGGAGAACGAAGAUCUUUCACUGAAGGCAAAGGCGAGGUUUAGCAUAUCCCUGAGAAGUUUAUCACAACCAAUGUCUCUUGGGGAGAUUGCAAGGACCUGGGAUAUCUGCGCUCGCACAGUUAUUUCUGAGCAUGCUCAACAGAGUGGUGGAGGAAGCUUCAGUUCUAAGUAUGGCACUUGGGAGGAUUGCUUGACCAGUGCAUGAUCGUGGCAUUGACACGGUACCCCCCUUUUAUCCCUCGUUUUGCCUUGGGCUCUGUAAUGAUUGGAACUCGUCAUUGUGUCAAUUAUACAAGACAUUUUAUACAAGACAGACGCCUAAGAUAAUACCUGCUGUAGUAAAUAUGUGAAUUAAUCAGAUUGCCACGGUCAUGUACCCUAUGAAUGUUGCGUAAUGUAGCUGUUGGUUGCUAUUAUUAUUGACAAAGAAUAGGGCAGUUUGUGUAGUGGUGGACUUCGGAGACAAUAUAUUUGCAAAUAGGAUUUUCUCCUAUGUUUUCUUUCGAUGUCAUGUAACAUGUUUCUCCGUGCAAAUUUAUACGCGUUAUGCAGAAAUUUGUAUUAAGAGUGCUAUGGGAGAAUUACAGGGAAGUUAUAAGAAGUGGAUUGUCAAAUUAGCAUAUUUCUCUUAAUGUUACCUGCUCGGUGACCAAUAUAUUUUCUUCUUUUUGUUU